GUCAUAGAGGUUUUCUUCCUCAAAUUAUUUUAUUCAUUUAAAAAAGAGGUUCUUCUUAUAAAAAGUGCCGGCUGUAAUUCGUUAGUGAUUGUAAAAAUGUCGUUAAAAGCUUACGAGGAUGCGUGUACUAGGGCUGAAUUGUUCGGCCAGCCUUUGCCUGAUAGAGAAGACUUUUUAUCAAAACAUAAACAUUUGGAUGUCGUCGAAUUUGAGGAAGUUGAAAUUAGAACGGCAGAGAAUACUGCUAUGUUGGACGACCAGAUAAAGGAAGGCAGUGGAGGCCUCACAGAGUUGAAUACAAUUCUGGAUUCUACGCAGACCAAAAUCAAUAAAUUGAAGGGCGUCUGCGGCACUAUAACGAACUUCUUCCGCGUGAAAAUGUCAGCCAAAGACAACUUAUCAUACUCCAGCGAGCCCAGCUAUGUAGGCCAGACAAAUUACGACAAAGACUACAUCCCACCAAGUUCCGACAUAGGCUCUAUCAACCAGGGCCUUGGUCCCGAUGACAACGAAAUGACGCCACGCGCGGGAAAAUCAAAACAAAAUGGCGGAGACAUCAACACGGCUUUGGAUGAUUUAAAAAAGAUGGAAGACCAAGAAAAUUCGGCCUUGUUAGGUAAGGCAGCGGUUAAAGAUAUUGGAAAACAAGUAAAUUCGCAAAUUAGUAAGUUGGAUCAGUUAAUUAAUCAGGCGGAUAGGGCUCAGGCAUCGUUGAAUAGCCAAAACAAGCAAAUGAGAACUUUCUUACGAUAAUUUUUGUUGGAGACAAAUGUUCAAUUUUUCGUCUUGAGCUUUGAAUUGCUUGUGGUAUGAAAGGAGUCCGUAAUUAAUCAAGUAAGUUUGGUUUUAGUAGGUAAUUGCUUCAUUGCCACAGUACAUUUUAUUUCAGAUGAACGUAGAUUUAACUUGAAACGCAAAAAGGGGUGUUAUUUUUCUUCUCAAACAAAAAAUCGUGCAUUAUCAGCCUAAUUUCGCGCAUCAACAAAAAAACGUGUUUAGAAUAGUGCGUGUUUGAGAACUUUUUUGACCGAUAUAAAAUCGUGGGAAGAUUAAAAUUCAGAUAGUAUUCGGGGAAUAAAUACUAAUCUUGUGAUCAGCGACGGUGUUUUAGGGUUAUCAUAAAAUUACGCAGUAUAUCUGGAGAUGAACAUCUUGAAGAUAAAAGGCUAUUUUGUAUCUGAUGGGAACGACGAAACGCAUUAGGACAGUAGGUAUAGCAAAAAAGAUCUUCGAGCCUGUGGUUAUAUUACGACUACGACUUGUAUGGUUUUCAGUUAAUGUAACAAAAGAGGCAGAUCCAGAUCUUCUUUUAUUUAUUUUGCAAUAAACCAACAUUUUAGGUGACAUUAUUUUACGGGGGAGGGGUAUGUGGGACUCCCCGGUAAAGACGUUUCCGGGAUACCCACUAAAAAGGCCCAGCGGCACUCCGACCUCGCCUGAGUGGAGGGGGUCUGGGAAUCUAUGGCGUCCAGUGCCCCAAGGUGGCACGAUUCGUCUCCAAAUUAAAAGGGUUCUAUGCACUCAAAGAGGAAAUUAGAUAUUUGCUGUAUUUUUUGCAUAGAGCACUAAGAAAGGUUGAUCUGAACAAUCUGCUACAAUUGUUGCAAACUUUCUGCACUGUUGCUUAAGUAUAAGUGGUAUUUAGUAAGCGCAAUGAUGAGUGACAGAACGUCUACAUCCUAGAAAUGAGGAUAGACUUCCGUUAAUUUUUAGCUUCCGAACUCCUUUUGCUAAAUGUACCUCUAUUAUAUCAGAGAUAGCUAAAGGUUUCAGCCUAUGGUACAAAAUGAAACCUAAAAAAUUGGAUACCUAUAAAAGACUCCUACUUAACAUAGUUCUUAUAAGUAGACAUGUGAGUAAUUAUCAAAUGCUCUGUGGGCGCAGGGGAAGGGAGUGUUUGACUCUUAAUGGUCCAGAACCGCGGUAACUUUCGAAUAAUCUCGGAGUCUCAGCAGGAUUGGGGCCUAAGGGACCAAUUUUGCUGACACCUCUAUGUACUAGGUAUUUCAAGGAUAAAAACAUAACAUUUGUACUUUUGGGCGGUAGUCGAGUACAACCUGCAGCUUCUUUUAUAAUAAUUUAAGGUUUGAUUCCGUCUAAAGUUCGAGAGGUUUGAUGGCAAGAUCUCUUAUGAAUAUGCUCAAGAAAUGAUAUUAUUGUUAAAAAUAAAAAUGUUUUGCUUGUUCUGGUUAUAUCACGUGCGAGUAUAUUGUAAUUUGUAAUGUAUCACUCUUAUGAUAAAGUUGAAAAUCGUGUCUUCUUAUGUGUAGACAGUAAGUUCUUAAAUCUUUAUUACUCUACCAAAUGUGUCUGUGUAUCUUCAAUAGCUUGGUGUGAAGCACUUGCAAUUAUAUAUUAAAGAUAAGAAAUGAUAUUAGUGUCUCCUCACACUGCAAACUUUGAGUCGGCCGAUAGUUUAAUCGGGCUCGUAAAUCAGUGCUCGUAAAGUUUUAUUAAUUUGAUGAUGAUCCGAAAUUAUCGUUUUUCAGGUGAUUUUGGGUAAUUUUUAUUAAGGAAAAUACUUUUGCUGUUCAAUGCCUUUUAAGUAUGAUAGAUAAGUGAUGCAUGGCGAUUGUUUUAAAAGUCAGUGAGAAUGCUUUGCUGCCUGUUAGUUAAAACUCUUCAAAUAUAUUUUAAAAUAUCUUCCAUAUAUUUAUUAAAAAUAGAGUACGUACCUAUGUAAUUUCAAUAAUAUUACAGACCUGUAAAUUAUCCAUUUUAAAACCUCAUUAUGUUCCGUGAUGCCAAAUAUAAAAUCCGUUAAUUGUAAGACGCCAUUUAUUUAUUUAAAAUAAUACAGAUUUUUCAUCUUUAACUGUUAUACCUACAUAAUAUGUCCUCAAGUAGUGUGCUGUAUUUUUUUCGCUAGACUAGAAAAAUGUAUGAAAAUCCAAACAUGAUUUAAAAAUUGAAACAAAAAUAAUCUUAAGAAAUGGUGCUUUCAAUGCGAGUGUGAUCGAAAAAAAAAAACAUGAAUUUGCAUUAGGUGACAAUAUUAUAUGUA